CUCGAUUAAUGGGUAUUUAUCCAAAUUUGAACAUCGCCCGACGGUCGCCGAGUCGCGGAACUCGUGAACCGACCUUUUCCUAUACUUAUCUAUAUAUAUCCAAAACAUCCAAAAUGGAAGCAACACUCUCGACACGUCAACAUAACUAACGUCUUUGCAUGCGGAUCACGGAUUUAAUUAAGAUUUACCUGACGCAUUAGUUAACCUGACUCGAAACGAAUCGCUGAUGCAAUGUCGGCCCUAUUUAAUUUUCAGAGCUUGCUGACAGUAAUUCUCCUGCUAAUAUGUACCUGUGCCUACAUAAGAUCCAUAGUUCCGAGCGUGCUAGAUAGGAACAAAGUUGGAUUCCUGGGAAUCUUCUGGAAGUGUGCCAGGAUUGGAGAGCGAAAGAGUCCUUAUGUUGCAUUCAGCUGCCUCUUCAUGGCUUUCAGUAUAUUGUUUUGGUCCUGAGAGAAACAGCCUGGAUGAAAAAAUAUUGCAUUUUAGAGCGACCAAAGCUGGGACAGUCUGUAUUUACAAACGCGAAAAGGUGAAGUCCGAAUAAACAAUGUGAGAGUUACAUUCGUAUGACAAACAUUUGUAUUUGUUCCUUCGACAGGAAUACAUAAAAAAUACACUCAUGUAAGCUUAAAGUAUGUAGGUCUAUGAAAAAAAAAACAUAAUGCUAGUUACACGAUAUACAUUAUUUGUCAACACGUUAUGAUAGCGAAGCUAUACUUAUAUAAUUGUCCAAUUUUGAGCACCUUUUUUCAGCUUAGUCUCACAAUAUAUAUUUUUCUAUAAACAACAACGUCUUUAAAUAUAAUCAUUAUUUUAAUGGUAAUAAUA